CACGCUCAACUGCCUCCUCCUCCGCUCUGCUCUCCUUGUCGCCCAGCUAUCCUUACUCGUUGCCACAAUGCCAUCCGAACAGCCUGCGCCCACUAUCCAUGACCAAACUCCACCCGAGCAGCCCCAGGGGCAGGUCAAGCUCUGCACCGCGUGCCAUUGUCCGCUCUCCGCAGACUCAGUCAACACCUCAUUUGUACUUCACAGCGACACUGACCCGAACGAGGCUGGCAUCGUUUGCGGGCCAUGCAGCACCCGGCUUGUGUCCCCACGCUCAGAGCCGCCCACCGUCAGGGUAGAGUUCUUCGAGAUGGAGCGCGAGCUUCUCCGCCGCGCGGCUUCCUUGCAAGGAGGACACAAUGAGGCUGCUGCGUUUCGACAGGAUUCAGCUAAUCAUGCCUCACAUAUGACUGGCGCACCGUUCUACGAUCCGCUUACGGAUAUGGACAUCUCAGCGUCCAGCUCAUUGUCGUCCGUCUCGUCCGACCGCAACGCCUCAUGUGCACUAUCCGGUACUCUGUCGGUAGCAAUGCCAGCAUCUUCAUCACUUUCCUCCGUUCGCCCUCUACUGAACCCGAUUGAUAUCAAGUCUGCUGUCCCACAUUCAACAGUGCGACCGGUUUAUGGGUCACAGCUUUCGGCAAGUCCGCUUGCUUCAGCAUCUAGCAUCAAGUCACGGUACAAGGCAUCCCAUACAUCUUCGCCGGAUCCGUUGGUGGAUAUCAGCCGAUUGCGAGUACGGUCACAAGGUCAUCACUGUCUGUAUCCCGGUGCAACCUUCCAAGGCACUCAGAAGAGUGGCCGGAACAGCUAUGAUGUCAAUGUUACCAUUGUGGAUGUCGAUUUUGCGUCAUCUCACCUCUGUGGCUAUCUUCGCAUCCGUGGAUUAACGGACGAUUGGCCGGAACUUACCACAUACUUCGAUGCCGAGAUUAUCGGAAGUCGGUACGGCUUCUUAACUCGGAAUUGGGGAGCGAGCGAGCAGGAGGAUAUGGUGCAUUGGGCCCGCUUUCCCGCUUUCCGGCAUGUCAGGCACGAGUUGAAGAAACCUCACUUGACGAUGAAGGACGGGAAUCGUGGCGCCGUGUUCAUGAGGUGGAAAGAGAAAUUCCUGGUCCCUGAUCACCGUGUGCAGGAUAUAAACGGUGCCAGUUUCGCAGGAUUUUAUUAUGUCUGCGUUGACUUCAAUCCUCAACAAUCUGGGUCCUCUGUCAUUCACAGCCCGCAGUCGUCCACCUCACCUGAAGCGUCUUCGCAUUUUUCUUCCUCCCAGCCGACCGCGAAGCCUGAACUCAACAGCCGCGCACGACGGGCAUCCAUAAAUUCCGGUGCGCGGCGAUCAGGGCGUUCACAAUCUCGAGGCUUUCCUCCAGCGCCCGUGGCUACCAUGAGUGGAUUCUACUUCCAUCAGAACUCAGAGCCAUACCAACAACUGUCGUUGAUUCAUGUGCCGGAGCACACAACGUCCUGUUUCGAGUUCAGAUGAGGCAUUCGAUGACGAUCGUGACAUGAGAUACCCGCUUUGAAAAGCUGUCCUGGGUUCUCAGUGAGUGAGACAGCGCAUAUUAGCAUUGGUACUAUUCUCGUGAUCUGGCAUCCCGCUCUCGAAAUAUCUAAUGCGCGUUGUGAGUUCUUGUACGUACUUGAGUUACCCCCCCACCCUCACCCCCUCUUCACGGACCGCACAUCACGCAUUGCUGGCUACCUAUCUCAUAUGUCCCCGCCUCUCUACGCAUCGUGUCACGACCAGUCCUGUACGAUUAUUGUCAUGUCCAUAUCAGUACUUAUAAUUGUUGUGG